GCUACGUAGGAUGUCUGUUAGCGUUCCUUUACACAGAUGAGCUUCGGUGAAGCCGAUCUUAAACAACGGUGCUGCUCGAUGAGCGAUAUUGGAAACUGAUCAAACCUGGCAUGGCACCCACAACGGAGUCGAGGCUGUAUGUGGAGGCUCUGAGUAAGAGAGAUGUGCUGCUGCUCUUCAGUGUUCUUGAGGGAGAGCUGGAGGCCAGAGACUUUGUCAUACAGGCACUCAAGGCCCAGCGUAGAGAUUCCUACAUGUUGGAGCGAUAUGGCAAAUACAACCUGAGCGACCCAUUCCUGGCCCUGCAGAGAGACAGUGAGGUCCUCCAGAGCUCCGGCCAGACCAGGGGCGAUGGAGGAAGUUCCUCCCAGAGACGAGAGGGGGUCUGUGGGGCCACAGCUCGCUCGGAUCCUUUGACGGUGCUGAAACUGGUGGUCGGACACUGCAGGAGGAUGCAGGAGAAGAUGCUGAAACAGCUAGCAGCUGCUGAGAACAGACACAGGAGGGUCAUUGCUGAUCUGGAGGAGGAGAAGAGGAAGCAUGCUGAGGAUACUGCAGAAGGAGAUGAUGUCACUUACAUUCUGGAGAAGGAGAGAGAGCGCCUCCUGCAUCAGUUGGAGUUUGAGAAGGCAAAGGCGUCCCGAAUAGAGAGGGAGAACAAACGACUGAAUGAUCAGUUAGAAGAGCAGCGAACCCAGCAUAAACAGCUCAUGACGGCGCUGAGACGGGAAUGCAAACGCUCCAGCACGCGCGCACACGAGGAGUCCCAGCGUGCCGGCGAACUCAGCCACCGCCUCGAUCGUGAACGAGCUUCAAAUCAGGCUCUGAGAGCGGAGAUCGAGGAGGAAAAGAAGCGGGCUAUGCAAAUGGAGGCGAGGCGAGAGGAGCUGCUGGCUGAGUUUGACACUGAACGGGAGCAGCUUGGGCUGAGAUUACGAAAGGAGGAAGCACGUUGUAGAGCACUACAGGAAGAACUGGAGAAACUGAGGAGAGAGAAGAACAAAGCAGAGGAGGACUCAAACAAGACCCAAAUAAACGGACACCACAUUCCUGCGGAGGAAGAUGAAAACGUUGAGAAGCAAGGCUUGUUAACCAAUGGGAGCUCUCAGACCAAUCCACAAGCUCAUAGCCCUACAAGCAGCAAUAAUUCACUCGACAUACCCAGUAUACAAGCGGCGUACCAGGCUGGCAUCAACCAGCGCUUCCAUGCAGCCCGUCACAAGUUCCAAGGCACUUUUGACCAAGAUUCUCAGACCGUCUCUUCUCCUCCAAAUUCUCCAUGUGACCUCUCACCCUGUGCAGCCCAUGUGGUUCCACUAGACAGCAUUUCUAAACAAGCACCCCGCAGCACUGUCACACAAGCCCUGAAUCGUCUCAGCUCUCCGCAAAGUCCCAGCAAACCAACUUCUCCCAACAGUUCCUCUUUCGGCACAGAUUACCACACAUUGGCCCACUCUGGGAUGCUUUCUCCCACUCUCAGGUCUCCAACUAUUCCCAGAGUCGACAGAGGGAACCCACCUCCCAUCCCACCCAAGAAACCAGGCCUCGCCGACACGCCGCCUUCACCAGCCACACUCCGAGCUGCUCGCUUGGCUCAAACGGUGGCCAGUUGCGGACGCAGCAGCAACUCCGAGAACGGCAAAGAACCAGACCUGGUGCUGUCUUCUAGCGGCUAGCAAGCACAAAUAAUGAACUUGAUCGUGUCAAACACUGUUGAAUUUUUUUGUGAGGGACAUUUCAGGUUUUUUAAAUAAUUUUAGAAGUUUUGAAACAUCUUUUCUAAGUAAUUUUGCAAUGUUACCAUAUUUCAGUCAGAUGCAUGUUGAUUGUGUGCAUGAAUACAUUAUGUAUUCUGUAUUUUACCAUGAGAAAACUCAUUUUUCAUGUUUAUCACUGACAAUCACCAGCUUCUAUAAAUAGUUUUAUAUACUGUUAUUCAGACAAAUAUUUAUAUAAAAACUGCCAUUCAAAAGUUUGGGGUCUGUACAGUAAAAAAAAAAUAGAUUUCAGUUAUUUUAAAUUGUAAAAAUAGUUUACAAUAAUGCUGUUUCACUGUAUUGUUAAUAAUAUAAUAAAUGCAGCCAUGGUGAGCAUAAAAGACAUGAAAAAUUUUUUACCAACCCCAAAAUCUUGAACAAUAGUUCACAUGAUUGUGUAACUGAACAUUUUACCGUCAUCUAGUUUUUACACUGAAUUAUAUAUUUAACAAAUUUCAUGUGCGAAUAAUCCUUUGCUUUCUCACAUAGCAGUUUGUUUUGUAUAUCUAAAUGUAUUGGAUAUUUAGCCUAAUAUUUACAUCUCGCUCAGAAUCAUAUUACAAAUGUUUGUAUCACAUUAUAAUGUUCUGUUUUGUUUAUCUUUUAAGUUUGUAUUCUUUUUGUGAUCUGAUAUGAAUGUUAUUUUUAUAACCAGUAUAAUUUUUAAUUUUUUUGAUACACUUGUAGACAUGGGCAAAAGAUUUGAAUAUUUGUACUGCCUAAAUCCAGCCAGCAGAGGGCAUAGUAUCACCCAUCCUCAGCCAUUCAUAGGCUAUAUUUUUGGAAAGGAAUACUAGUAGACUAGCUUACUGCACAGUAUACCCUGCAUUUUAAAAAUAGUAUGUGAAAUAAAGUUAUUUUGAGAUAUAAUCAA